ACUGAAGUUGUAUAAGCUCUCUGCGCUCGACGACCUUUGCUUGACCUCUAUGCCCUAUGGCCACCGCCGAGCCAAUUCAGAACGGCACCGCCACCGCCUUAGAACCACUCCCUCUCGACAUUGCGGCGGCGGAAGCUGACACCGUCACCGCCACCACUCCGGCUGAGAAGAGAUGGCCAGGUUGGCCUGGGGACUGCGUGUUUCGGCUCAUCGUACCGGUCGGAAAAGUUGGAAGCAUCAUCGGUCGCAAGGGAGAGCUCAUCAAGAAGAUGUGCGAAGAGACUCGAGCUCGUAUUCGCGUUCUCGACGGUGCUGUUGGCACUCCUGAUCGAAUUGUACUCAUAUCUGGGAAGGAAGAGCCAGAGGCAGCUCUUUCCCCUGCAAUGGAUGCUGUAAUAAGGGUAUUCAAACGUGUCUCUGGAUUAUCCGAAACUGAUGCUGAGAAUAAAGAAUCUGCUGGGAUUACAUUUUGUUCCAUCCGUUUAUUGGUGGCAUCAACACAGGCUAUCAAUUUGAUUGGAAAGCAAGGCUCAUCAAUCAAAUCUAUACAGGAGAGUACUGGUGCUUCUGUUAGAGUAUUGUCAGGAGACGAGGUGCAACUUUAUGCUUCCACGGAUGAGAGGAUUGUGGAACUGCAGGGAGAAGCCUUGAAGGUCCUUAAAGCUCUGGAAGCAGUAGUUGGCCAUCUGAGGAAGUUUUUGGUUGAUCAUAGUGUUCUUCCCCUAUUUGAGAAAACUUACAAUGCGCCAAUCUCACAAGACCGACAAGCAGAGGCUUGGUCUGACAAAUCAUCGCUGCAUACUACUUCACAAACUAGCAUUUUUUCUGAUAUUCCUCUUUCAACGAAAAGGGAUACUGGCUUUGCUGAUCGCGAAAGUGAGUUGGACUCAUUAAUUCCUUCCUCCACUUUGUCUCACUAUGGGCAAGAUUCUUCGCUUUCUGGUGUUCGCUCUUCUGUUCUGAGUCGUGUUCAUGCUCCUAUUGUUACUACGGUAAUACAAACGAUGCAAAUACCGCUAUCCUAUGCUGAGGAUAUUAUUGGUAUUCAAGGGAGUAAUAUUGAUUACAUUCGACGCGCUAGUGGAGCCAUUUUGACUGUGCAGGAGAGCAGGGUGCCUGAUGAAAUCAUUGUGGAAAUAAAAGGCACCUCAUCUCAGGUUCAAAUGGCACAACAAUUGAUUCAGGAAGUCAUAAGCAAUCACAAAGAACCUGUCAUUAGCAGUUACGGCAGGUUAGAUGCAGGUCUGAGGUCUUCAUACCCUCAGUUGGGCAGUACAUCACGCUUCUCAUCUUCAUUGUCCUCACAGCCGCACACAGGUUAUGGAGCUUCUGGGUUAGGAGACUACAGUACUUUCAGACUUUAAAUUGGUCGCCCUAUAUUCAAGGGUACUCCAUUUGAACUAGUUUCUUCCUAAUUGGGUCUGAUUGGAGAGGAUUAACGCUUGAAUGUAUUAUGAAGCCUCAGAAAAGCACUUUUUAUGUCAUCUGAUAUCUCCUUGUGUCGUGAGUAAUUCUCGAGGUGGCCAAUAGUCCAGAAUUGCCAUAGAAAAUGUAAUGAAAUAUUAGCGAUUUUAAUUAUGUUUGUUUUGUUGUGUAAAUGCUCAUGUGAAGCUUGAGUAUUCUGUUAUUUUAGGUUUGCAGUGCCAAAUACUGAUACUUUUUUGGCACUAACUUUUUUUUUUUUUACUUAAUAUUCUGUUAUUUUAGGUUUGCUUUACCAAAUACAGAUACUGUUUUUUGGCACUAUCAUUGUUUAUAUUUGGGUCCCUUCAUUGUUAUAGAAC